GGCAGAGGAUGAGAGAGGCGUCAGGCAUGCCGGGUGGGGAGGACGUCCGCAAGGUCUCACGCCAGGACAUACAGCUGGUCCAGAAUCUCAUUGAGCGUUGCCUUCAGCUCUACAUGAACCAGAAAGAAGUGGUUGAUACACUAUCUUUCCAGGCAAAAAUAGAGCCUAGUUUCACUGAGCUUGUCUGGCAGAAACUUGAGGAAGAGAAUCGUGAGUUUUUUAAGGCAUACUACGUGAGGCUGAUGCUUAAGAAUCAAAUAAUGGCCUUCAAUAAGCUACUUGAGGAUCAAUAUCGGAUUAUGACCGAAGAACAUUCUUCUGGAGGACCUUCUGUGCCUCCUACUGGUCUUAAUGGCUCUAACUCUAGCACAUUGAACCAAAAUGUGUGCUUUCUGUCAGACACUACCCCCAGUACUGCAAUGCAAGAUAGCUUGAUGCGUAAUGGAAGUUCUAGUGGUAUAAUGAACAGUGCUCCAUCCAGUGACCAAUUUAUCUAUGCUGGUAAAGUUGUUCAUGGUCUUCCUAGUGGCAUGGAUGCUUCAUCAAGCCUGCUAGCAGCACAUAAUACAAGUGUUGGGCAGUUUAAUGGACACAAUGGAACAACAAUAAAGACAGAGUCUGGCUACUCAAGCAACUCAGAUUUUGGAUUCGACAAUGAGAACGUGUUCCUAGAGCAGUCGGUUGGAGAUGUAUCUGGUGGAUCAUUUAGCAGUUCUGAGUUGAAUGGACAACCACUAAGUGAUCCAAUUUUGGACAUGGAUUCAUCGUCAUUUGGUUUCUUGAGCCAGAUUCCUCGUAAUUUCAGCUUUUCAGAUUUAACAGAGGAUUUCAGCCAUAGUGCAGAAAUACUAGAGAAUUAUGGACGAUCCCCUUUCAUCCCUUCCGAGACAAAUAACUUCCCAGAGUCUACUGCUGGAGAACAUACAGAAAUAGGAAAUAGACGACUAGAUACCAUAUCUGAGGGUGUUAGUUUUGAAGAUUUUGGAAGUGAUCAAUCAGCUUUUGAUGGCACUGCAUAAGGUAUACACUUGAACAUUUUAGCCACCAAAAGCUGAAUGCUUCAUGCCCCACCUAAAGAAGCUGUAGGUGAACAAGUCCACUACUGCAUCGCUAAGCAAUCAGUUGUCCAAUGCAGACACUCCUGUGAUAUGGGCUUUGGUAGCUGGUAAUUGCUACUCGGUGAUACCUCUGAACAAAAGAAAAUUCAAUUCUACAUUUAGACCCUUAGACUGAUUCUUUCUGAGCAUCAAUUCCGUGAAAGCUACAGAACUGAUAUGGCCAGUAUCAAGAGUAAAUUGCAUGCUUUAAAUCUUAAUUUUCUGGAUUAAAAAAAUCAUCAUAUGUGUUUACCCUGAGGUUGUCACAUUUACAGUAACUUGAGAUAGUAAUGGUGGUGUCUGGCAGGUAUAGCUAUAGUGUUAUGAUACUUUUAUCUUGGCCAGUUUCUGUACUGUUAACUUGUUGGGCCGUUCAUUCUUUCUUUGCAGGUUGAUCAGUGAUGCACCAUUUGUACAUACUAUUUUGGAUAGGCAAAUCUCUAUUAUUAUGGUCAUGGAACUAGCUGAUUUGGCAGAAACUUUCUCCACCGGUAUUAGGUUUUGUGCUGUUCUAGACUACAAGCGUGGAUGACUUGUAUGAGAACCUUGUUAGACCAAAUAAUCUGUCACAACUAAGGUUGCAAGAAAUCCAUGUUCUUUUAUAUUUGUUGAUGAUAUUGUAGAAGUGAUCUGUAUCUGUUCGGUUUUCUUAAGUGAGCACUAGUGAUCUGUAUCCCUUGCACUA